CCCUGUCUCUAUAAAAAUCUCUCGUCAUGGAAUACGCCUCUGACGCUGCACUGGACCCCGAAGCCCCGUGGCCUCCCGCGCCCCGCGCUCGCGCCUGCCGCGUACUGCCUUGGGCCCUGGUCGCGGGGCUGCUGCUGCUGCUGCUCGCUGCCGCCUGCGCCGUCUUCCUCGCCUGCCCCUGGGCCGUGUCCGGGGCUCGCGCCUCGCCCGGCUCCGCGGCCAGCCCGAGACUCCGCGAGGGUCCCGAGCUUUCGCCCGACGAUCCCGCCGGCCUCUUGGACCUGCGGCAGGGCAUGUUUGCGCAGCUGGUGGCCCAAAAUGUUCUGCUGAUCGAUGGGCCCCUGAGCUGGUACAGUGACCCAGGCCUGGCAGGCGUGUCCCUGGCGGGGGGCCUGAGCUACAAAGAGGACACGAAGGAGCUGGUGGUGGCCAAGGCUGGAGUCUACUAUGUCUUCUUUCAACUAGAGCUGCAGCGCGUGGUGGCCGGCGAGGGCUCAGGCUCCGUUUCACUUGCGCUGCACCUGCAGCCACUGCGCUCUGCUGCUGGGGCCGCCGCCCUGGCUUUGACCGUGGACCUGCCACCCGCCUCCUCCGAGGCUCGGAACUCGGCCUUCGGUUUCCAGGGCCGCUUGCUGCACCUGAGUGCCGGCCAGCGCCUGGGCGUCCAUCUGCACACUGAGGCCAGGGCACGCCAUGCCUGGCAGCUUACCCAGGGCGCCACAGUCUUGGGCCUCUUCCGGGUGACCCCCGAAAUUCCAGCCGGACUCCCCUCACCGAGGUCGGAAUAACGCCCAGCCUGGGUGCAGCCCACCUGGACAGAGUCCGAAUCCUACUCCAUCCUUCAUGGAGACCCCUGGUGCUGGGUCCCUGCUGCUUUCUCUACCUCAAGGGGCUUGGCAGGGGUCCCUGCUGCUGACCUCCCCUUGAGGACCCUCCUCACCCACUCCUUCCCCAAGUUGGACCUUGAUAUUUAUUCUGAGCUUGAGCUCAGAUAAUAUAUUAUAUAUAUUAUAUAUAUAUAUAUAUUUCUAUUUAAAGAGGAUCCUGAGUUUGUGAA